UUGCAUUUUGUUUCAGCAGAAGUCAGAUGGUAACUCAUAAGUCAGAUGGAUAAAAUAUAUAAUAAUGGCGAACAAAGAUAUAUCUUUUUUAUUCGAUCCUUGUAAAGAAAAUAGAGAAGUUAUAUGCGAUAUUUGUGAUAGAUAUCUUUCAAUUGCACCUAUACUUUUUCAUGAGACCAUUGGAAAGAUAUGUGGACGAUGUGCUGAAAAGGAGACAAAAAAAUUCACUUGUACAACUUUCAAAAGGCAGAAAGUUUAUGAAGAAAUUGCAAAAAAUUUCAGUUUCCCUUGUUCAUAUGAAUCAAAGGGUUGUAAACAAGAAUUGAAAUGGAAUUCAGUCAGUCAGCAUGAAGAUUCAUGUUCAUUUCAGAACAAUACUUGUCCAUUCGGUAAAAAUGCUUUGUUCAAAGGAGAAGAAGAUAUAUGUUCAUGGACAGGAAGUUAUAGAGAGCUCAUUCUUCAUUUGAAGAAGGAGCACAAAGAUUGUUUCCGGGAAUCACCUAUAAUAGAUGUAAUAUUAAUGGAUACAGUGAAUGAUACAAUAAUACUGUGUGAAUAUAUGGAUAUUCUUUUCGUUACCUUAUCAUAUUUUACAUCUGACUUCCAAAUUGUUGUCUUUCAUGUUUUGAUAGAUAGUUCUUUCAUUGAAAGCAAAGAUUUCACAUACGACUUGGAGGUAUCUGAUAAAGAGGAAAAAAAUUGUAUAAAUUUUCCUGGCAAUAGAAUAUCUCCAUUGUGUGACAGGGCAUUUACAGAAAGUGCUCUGGAAUGUGGAUUUGAUGUAGAUCUGAAAGCAUUGAGUACUCUCUUGAAAAGUAACUACUUGAGAUUCAGAUUCAUGAUGAAAACAAAAAAAUUCAAUACAUCAAAGGAAAUACAAGAAUCAAAAUUAAAGAACCAUCUGAACUUCAAAUGGACAUGUGAAAGUUGUAAAAAAAUUCUUAUGCCACCUAUUUAUGUUUGUUAUGACCAUCACAAUAAUUGUGGUGAUUGUAAAUCUAAAAAUAAGUAUUGCCAGUGUUCGAAGAGCAUAACAUCCGCCACAAAUGAAGUGUUGGAAAAUUUUUCGAGAAUAUCACUUUAUAAAUGUAAGAAUGAAAAGGAGGGAUGCUUUGAGUUGUUAGAUUCCAACGAAUUAGCUUUUCAUGAAAAAAAUUGCAAAUUUACACCAAAAUCAUGUGUGAUGGAGUGCGGCUGGAAUGGAAAUAAUUUUGACAUGUUGAAACAUGUGAAAGAAAAUCAUUCCCCUAUCAAUGCAAAGGAUGUUCACUUCUUCAACAUUCGGUCAGGAAAUCGGUUCUGCUUGGUUAUGGAGGAAACUGUUUUUGUUUUAACAAUUAAUUAUGUCCCUGGUGAACCUUUAUCAAUUAUGGUGAAUUACCUAGGAGAGGAUAAAGGAAAUUUCCAGUUCAAAUUCAGUAUUUUGAGUGAUGGUCUCAAGUUGAAGUGUAGUCAUUUUUGUCAGCGCAUUCUAUACGGAUCUACCGAAGAAUCAAAGGAGAUUGUUUAUCCAUUUGAUUUUCUGAAACAGUUUCUCACCAAACAUGACCAAUUUUACUUCAAAGUUAAAAUAUUCAAAACUGUUAAUACACUAUAAUGUUAAUCUUUUUGUUAUGAAUUAAAUUUAUAUUUUA